CGCUGAGUACAGAGUUAGCGUUGCUUUAUAGUCUGGGUGGUCCUCGUGUUAAGUACUCGCGUGACAAUAUUCUGCAUAUUCCUCACAUAGUAUUGUUCUUGUCGCAUUUUAACCCAGAUCAGAACGUUCGAAAGUUGGAGAACAUUAGUUAAAUUAAGUUUACCUAACUACAAACUCGCAAGCCAUUUAAAUAUGGCGGUGAUUUCCGACAUUAGAAAACCUAAAACCCAUAAGGGAAAGCGAAUUUUAGAGCGUAAAGCUCCUAAAUUAGUGGAAAACGACAAGUGCACGUUGGUCAUUAAAGGUAGUCAUACUAGUGAAGUAGUUACAACGUUUCUUAAUGAUCUGUGCGCCUUAAAAAAACCUCUUGUUUAUCGUCUGAAGUGGAAAAACAGAGUAUUGCCUUUCGAAGAUUUGUCAUUUGUUGAGAAAAUGUGUACAAAGUUUGAUUGCUCAAUGUUUGUUGUUGGCAUGCAUUCUAAGAAGAGACCUCACAAUAUUGUUGUCGGGAGGUUGCACGAUGGUGAACUGCUAGAUAUGUUCGAGCUGGGGAUAAAAAUGUACAAACCGUUAUCUGACUGCCAAGACAAAACUCUAAUUUACGGUGCAAAGCCUAUGUUAUUAUUUUCUGGGGAGUUGUUUAACAUAGAGAAAAAGCACAUGACACUAAAGUCACUGUUAAUAGAUCUUUUCAAAGGACCAACAGUAGAAAAGAUAAGGACAUUGGGUGUUGAACACCAAUUUCAUUUCAUCUUAACUUCAGAUAAAGGCCUCUCUCUUCGCGUCCGAAAGAUUAGCAUGUUAUCAAGGAACAAAUCGAGUCCACAGGACACUUUACCCAAUGAAUGCAGCGUCACACCUCUAAAGACUCCAAAUGGAAAGACGGUUCAUGUGUAUCUUGAGGAUGCUACUCCAUGCAUUGACUUUGAAUUACGGCGGGUUAGUUUACCAUCUGAGGAUAAAUGGAAACGGGCACAUCGUGUACCGCCGGAAACUAUUAAGGCUGACAAGGUGACGAAGAACAAACAUGUUGACGUUUUCGGUAGCCGAAUCGGACGAGUUCAUGUGGGCAAAUCUUCUGAACUUGAGAAUCUACGACCUGGACCCACGAUUCGAACAGCCCUGACGGGACAUCGGAAACGUGGCUUUGAAAGAAUAAAGUCUGGAGUUGAUAAAAAAAAGAAUUCUGCUCCCAGUGAUUCUACCAAAAAUAAACGCCGAAAGCUCUAUGCAGAUGUAUAGUCAAAUAAAAUCUUUUGUUGCCUUGAGUGAAUUUACUUUUUCUGUGAUUUACCUGUAGAAAAGUGACUACACGAAGGAAAUCAGCGUCCUUGUAUCUGAAAAGUAUUGUAUAUUUGUCCCCACUAAAUAUAUU